UUAAAUGUCUACCAUGUGUCUAAAAGUGAAAGUAAGGCCUAGUUUGAUUUAACUUCUGUCAGUGAAGACCAGCCUGGAGGAAACAGGAAGUGGGUGUGACCCAAAUAAAUUGGCCGCAGUUUAUACAUUAUUCUCAAUGCAUUCAGAUUUAUGAUUUAUUAUCAAGAUUCCAGCCAAACAAAAACAUCAAACAGACAUGUAGAGCAUUAUAGAAAAAGAUGUUUCCUUUGUGUAAAGCACAGACGGGCUGCUUUACAUAUGAUAUUAAAGACAAAAGACAGAGUGAGUUAGAUCAUGAGGAUUACAUGCACAGAUUUGGUUGAGUUAAAAAGUCAAUGGAAGUUAUUUUUUUGCUGUUUUAGUAAAGUUUAUCACUCUCUGCUGACAGACUUUCCUGCGAUCUCCAUUUUCUGGCACUGGAACUCUUUUGUAAUAGCACGUUUAUCUAUCAGGUGUCAAAGGAGGAUAAACACUUCAGGGCAUUUUGAAGCAGUAGUGCAGGGGGCAGGGCCUGGAGGUUCAUGCUGAACACGACACGAUUCACAUGCAUGAGGAGCUGCGUACUGAUAGUGAUACUUCCAAGUUCCUGUUUCUCUGUCUUGGUUGUAUUUGUUGUCUAGCAACAGCGAAAUAACUGGUCUAACACCUGCAGCUGUGGAAACGAGUCAGGAAACUUCCACACAGACACUGGUUACUUCUUCAGUGUGAGACGCUGUCGUUUUACGUGAGAUAAAUCUGUUGGAAAUUACUGAUGCUUUGGUGAUGAGGUAUCUUUUAUAUAAGUGCCAGUGUCUCUUCUCUACAGGCACUGCCUUGUUUAUUUUAGUGACUCAGUUAAUUCUUUUCUUAGUGGAAAAACCUGGAAUUAGACCAGCAGUCGAAAAAUCCAUCACCUCAUCUGAACUGAAAAUGAUGCAAAUAAUUAAAAUGAAUGUCAGAAUUAGGGCGUCAGCAGCUACUCUACUAAUUCUAGUCUUUAGUUGAUCGGCAUAAAAAAAAAAAAAAAAAAAAUAAUUGUCAACAUUUUGAUAACCGAUUAAUCGCUUGAGUCAGGAAAAAUACCAAACACUACCCAGUACCAGCUUCUGUGCGAGGACUUUCAGCUUUUCUGCAUUUUACAUGAUAAAUAACUGAGUAUCUUUAGUAGUACGUUUUUCACUAUCUUCUGACAUUUCAUAGGCCAAACAAUUUUGCAGUUAAUCAAGAAAAUAAUCAGCAGCUGAUACAAAGUAAUCAAUAGGUGCAGCCUGAGACACAAGCUACUUGGAGUUUUGAAUGCAACAGAGUACAGUUGUGAGUCAUCAAGAAACUAGUUCAGCACUGAGGCCACUUUUUCCCUCGACAUAAAUGGUAAUUCCUAAGGUGUUCCUUGGUUGUUGGUUAGGAUACCAGCCUGUGUGUGUGUGGACUAACGCAUGUUUACAGUAAGAAAGUCUACUUAGCUAUUAACAGCAGACAACAAGACUGAUGUAACUUUUCCAGUAUCUCCUAAAGAAAGAAAAUAACUGGCGGGCAGAUGACUUCAUUUGGAAAAAUCCUUUUUUUUUUUUUCCUAUGUUUAAACAAUGAUGGACUCAAAAUGGCCACAACAGGCAAAUAUCUUGUUAACUGCCACAAAAAAAUGUUCAAGUUCCAUUGCAACAAUGCCAUGCUGUAACUCUGCAGUGUCUUGCACACAUGGUGUCUAACCCCAUACAGACACUACAGAGGCUUGGUGGACAAAACCACAAAAACAAAACAUCAGUUGUAAAAAAAAAAAAAAAGAAACAUGAAUUUUGAUGAAGACACACUAUUCAGUCUUUCUCCACACUCUGCAAACUCUAUCAACUUCCUUACAGCGUGUCAGCUCCGUAUCUCAGGCACGCACACACACACACAAACACACACACCUAUCACCACAUGUCUGCAGACACUGGAGACUGAGGUCCGUCUGACUCAGUGAGGACAGUUACUCAGAAUGAUAAACAGCACAUGUGGGAAUGAUUAGAGGAACAGAGUCUCCAUUCAGGAAGGACAGCAAACACACACACACACACACACACACACACAAACACGUAGAUUGAAAUGGUUGAGGUAGAAUGGGGGCCUCUACCAUUGAAAGAAGGAGUAUUAAAAACUUUUGCUUAGUACCAGUACAGCUGUAAAAAUACUUUUUUGUAAUUCUGUGAAAGUUUUGGGGGUGACACAUAACUUCUGCAGCCACGUGCAAUCAUUUUUUUCACGUCAUACAGCACGAGGACAAAAACCCCUUAAACGGAAGCUGACAAAGAACAUAACGUGGUCCGUUCAGCCUAAAACAAGCUGUUUGACAAGUUCUCUUAAUGCUGUUGUUGAGCUGAUACUAGAACGUGCACUGUCACGGUGCCUGUUCCUGCUUUGAUUCUCAUCCUGUGCGAGUGUGAGGGUCACCAUGGCAACAGAGCCUCCAGGCAACCCGGAAAAGCCGAGGUUUGGUCCCAGUGACCACCUGAUCGCUAUGUUUAGGGCCUGCUCCACAGAUCCAACCGAGGCAAUUAAAGAGAGGCUGAAACAUAUGCUCCACAAGUUUCUGCUACACCACAGGCACAAUGAAGGAAAUGAGGAGACCAAAGAGUUGGCAGCAAAGUGCUGCUGUGAGGCCAGGUUCUGGUAUUACAGGAUCCUAGAGCACCUGGUCAGUCAAGAGAGGAAAAGGCUGGGCGUCAGUGACAUCUCAGGCAUCUUGGAGAAUGACCUUAUCCAGUGCUGUCUGGUGGCCUGCUGCCUGGAGAUUUCAAUAUAUUCAAACUGUCUUUCAUGUGAUUUCCCCCUGCUCCUCCAGAUCUUAAAGAUGGCACCAUACCACUUCUGGAGGGUGAUUGAGCUGGUGCUGCGGGCUGAAGUGGGACUGCCUUAUGCUGUUGUCAAACACCUCGCCCGAGUGGAAGAGGAAGUUCUGGAGAGCUUGGCCUGGACCAGAGACUCACCGCUGUGGGAAGAAAUCAAAGCCAACGAGGGCCAUCUGCCAACCUGCCAACAGGUGAUGCCUCCUGCACAGCUUGAGGAGCCGAAGAAAACAGACUUGCAACCUGAUCCAAACCUACCAGGAGUGGAUGUCGGUUUGGGAGCUGACCUUUCUGCCAGCACUGACCAACAGCGUUCCCCGUCAGCUGCAAACAAGCCUCAGAGAAGCAACCCCCUCCAUCUGUUUGCUCGCAAGGUUUACAGCUUGAUGGGCAAACGUCUGAGAGAGAUGUGUUCCACACUGGGCAUCUCUGAUGAGCUGCGGUUGAAGAUCUGGACCUGUUUUGAGUACUCUCUGGUCCACUGCACCCUCCUCAUGCUGGACCGUCACCUGGACCAACUGCUCAUGUGUGCCAUCUACAUCAUAGCAAAGAUUACCAAGGUGGAGAUACCCUUCAAGCACAUAAUGAAGUGCUACAAGUCUCAGCCAAAUGCCAGAAAAAGUGUCUGCAAAAAUGUGCUGAUAUCAGGAGAAAACAUGGAAAAUUCUCCCACUGAAACAAACAAUAAUGGAGACCACGGGAACAGUAUCCUGACUCCCAACACACCAUCAGCACAUUACCCAGGACCCUGUGAGGAGAAGAGGGGCAAUCUUAUCUACUUUUACAACCAGGUUUACUCAACACAGAUGCAGCACUUUGCCAAGCAGUUUGCCGUGACCCCUGGGGGUGAUACUCCUCCUUUGUCUCCGUACCCUCAACAGUGGAAAGCAUCUCCUCGCAGACACAAGCUGUCCAGCAGCCCCUCCAUCUAUGUUUCACUGCACAGCUCUGAAACCCCCUCCCCUUGUACAACCGGGCUGAGCUACUACUUCAACUCAAGUCCACCGGAGCAUCUGCGUGCGAUCAACAACAUGAUCAAAACGGGCAGGACGCCCAACAGGAGAUGCUAUGAGGUGCUACUGGAUCAGGAGGAAGGAGAAGAUGGUCCUUCAGCCAAAAGGCUUUGUUUGGACUAUCAGUCAGCCUGGCAGAGACGACUAAGGAAUGUGGGGAACAAUCACGUCACCAGAAGAAAUCAGACCCAGGACCAGACUUCUCCAGUUACUAAGCCUAACCUGCACUAGAGCAGAGAGGAGCAUGAGGUCUCACUCUACUUCUGAAACUGUAACAACAAUGUCAGGUGUCAGUGGAAAGCACAGAGCAGCUUUGUCUUCCUGUCUGUUAAGAAUUCCUUCAAGCCAAGUUCUUUGUCAGCUGGAAGCGCUGUCUGCAGUCUGUGCUGAAAUUGCGCCUUUUUGCUCUUUUGCUCCGCACUGUUUUUUAACCCCAGCAAUUCUGUCUAGAAUUGUCCAUGACUGAGACACUUGACCUCCAGCUCAAUGACCAAUGGCAGAAGAUUGUGGAAGUGGGUGACGUUGUAUGGCUUUGAAGGGGUGCAUGAUUGCAGAGUGCUCAGUCGACUUUCUGGUGGAUAAAUAAAAGCUAGACUGAGAGAGGAUGUUACCUAAAACUGGUGUUAGUGUGGGACAAGCUUAUCUGCCCUUCAGAGCACAUAUGUCAAGCUUCACCAGUGUCUGUGACCUGCAUGAACGCCUUAUUCUGAAUGACUUGAUUCUGAUUAGGUGUGUGUGUGUUUGUGUGUGGUGUGGGGGAAUUCUCAGUGUUCAGUGCAAGCAACUCUAAAUUAACCUUUAAUGUGUUCUUCAUGUUUUUUAUCCUGUCAUGACAUUUUGUUGAAUAUAUUUAAAACUUUUAAAAGCUAAGCUGAGACUGUGGAAAACAGAGUGAAACAUGAUUUUUCACUUCUUCACUGGAAUGAAGUUUGUGUGUUAGCAUUAAAACUUCAUUCAGACCUGCUAGCCAAUGGCGCUUGAAUUAUAAAGACAGAUUUAUGAAACUAAAAAAAAAUCUGUCCCCCUCCACUAAGGAAAGUGUUUUGCUUGUUACUGCUUCAUUUGGAUGUUUGACCUUCACUGAAUGAUGCACACAAUGUCUUGCAUGACAGAAGACUGUUUUCUUAUUCAUCUUCUGAGUUUCUCUAAAUUAAAUCUGCAUUUUACCUUUUUCUUUUUAAAGAAUUGAAACUGAAAUACUUUGUGUGUCACUGUUCUGCCCUCUAGUUCACGUUAUGAUAGAAGUUGUUUUGUUAUAAAUUCUCAGGGCAAAUAUUUAGAAUGGUAGUUAAAGUUUUUUCAAUGGAUGUUAUUUUUACAUGUACUUGAAUUUGGGCUUUUAUUUUGAAAAGGCGGACGUUAUACGAAAUGCAUUAUGGGAUACGAGAGAUCUCUGCGCUCAGAACGUUAAAACAUCAAUGUGUGUAUUCCGGUGUCCUAUAUUCUUCUUUUGCCGACAGAAAGCAUGGCUGUAAGUAUGUUUAUUAUUGAAUGUGUGUGAACGUGAUAAAGUGGAGUCGAGUGACUUUUCUCUGUAGAUGUACAUGUUAAAACGGAGCGCGAAUUAGCGGCUAACGACUAGCCAUUCUUGGGCGUUGAAAUGCUAAUUUUCUAGCUUUAUAUGUAAAUGUAUGUUAACGUAGCUUUAUAGUUAGCGCUAGCUAAGCUUCAUUGCAAUGUUAUGCUGAAGCUUCCUUUGUUUCUUUUCAGUUUCACUCGCAAUUUUCACGUGACGUAUUUGAAGAUUGUUAAUAAAGGAGCAGGACGCUCAACUCCUGGCUCGUGGAAAUCGA